AGAUAUAGAGAAGUUGAGAAGUCACAUAUUAAUAUAUAUAUAUAUAUAUGCAUGUGUGUGUAUAUAAAUAUAAUGUAUGCAACGUUUGUGAAUUGCCAAAAUUGGUUGUUGUUGCAUUUGCAGCCAAAGGAUUUGUGGAUUUUAAAACGUUCUUAAGACGUGCAGCAGGUGCACAAGAGUUGCAAGCGACCAUGCGCGCAUGGCUUCUACUCCUCGCAGUGCUGGCGACUUUUCAAACGAUCGUUCAAGUUGCUAGCACCGAGGAUAUAUCAACGAGAUUUAUCGCAGCUAUAGCACCAACAACAACAACAACAACAGCAACAGCAACAACUAAGGCCAUAAUCAAUAAUAAUACAACAACUAAAAGAGCAGCAGCAGCAACAACAACAGAAACAACGACUACAGCAUUAGCAAAAGCAUUUAAGCCAUUUAACGAGUUACAUCUCAACAACAACAACAACAACCACAACCACAACAACAACAACAGCAGCAGUGAUAGUGAUAUUAAAAACAACAACAAGAAAAGCAAACAUAGCAAAAGUGCCACAUUCAAACAGUUUAACGAAGUGCAUAAAACAAGAACAGACCAAUUAGAAAAUUCCAAAAAUUCCAAAAAUAAGCAUAAUAAUAAACAUCAUAAGCAUAAUAAAUUAACUAAUAAUAAAAGCAAACACAAUAACAAUAAAAUGGCUAUCAAGGAGCUGCAACAACAUAAAACAGAAUCUCAAGCACAAACCGCCAUUGCGAAUGUGUUUGCAUUGCAGGCGCCACAAGCUGCUUCCGUUUCUGCCUCCACAUCCGCAUCCGCCUCCAUUUCCAGCUUCAACACGGAUACGGAUACGGAUACGUAUACGAAUAAGGAUAGUGUGCUGGGGGAAUUCGAAGUGCCGGGCAUUGCGGAUGCCAUCAUUGCUGAGGAUGAGCCGGCAACGUAUAGCAGCAAGGAGAUCAUCAAGGACAAAGUGAAACCAGAUCCAUCAACUCUAGUCGAAAUCGAGAACAGUCUCCUCUCGCUGUUCAACAUGAAGAGGCCACCGAAAAUUGAUAGAUCCAAAAUCGUCAUACCGGAGGCAAUGAAGAAGCUCUAUGCCCAAAUUAUGGGACACGAGCUCGAUUCCGUCAAUAUACCCAAGCCGGGACUAUUAACUAAAUCAGCGAAUACAGUCAGAAGUUUUACACAUAAAGAUAGUAAAAUCGACGAUCGGUUUCCGCAUCAUCAUCGGUUUCGUCUGCACUUCGAUGUGAAGAGCAUACCCGCCGAUGAGAAGCUGAAGGCCGCCGAGCUGCAGUUGACGCGGGACGCAUUGAGCGUUAGUACGUCCGUGAAUCGGAGUCGCUACCAGGUGCUCGUCUACGAUAUAACGCGGGUGGGUGUGCGUGGCAAGCGGGAGCCGAGCUAUCUGCUGUUGGACACGAAGACAGUGCGUCUGAAUAGCACCGAUACGGUCAGUCUGGAUGUGCAGCCCGCCGUAGAUCGGUGGCUGGCCACACCGCACAAAAACUACGGCCUGCUCAUCGAGGUGCGAACGAUGAGAUCGCUCAAGCCGGCACCACAUCAUCAUGUACGCUUGCGCCGCAGUGCGGACGAAGCGCACGACGACUGGCAGCACAAGCAGCCGUUGCUCUUCACCUACACGGAUGAUGGCCGGCACAAGUCACGCUCCAUCCGGGAUGUGGGCAAUCGGGAGGGGGCGGGCGGCAAUGGUAAUGGCAAUGGCGGUGGGGGCGGCGGUGGCGGCGGGGGUGGAGGUGGUCGGAAUCGGCGACAUCAGCGCAGAUCACGACGAAAGAAUCAUGAGGAGAUAUGCCGACGGCAUUCGUUAUAUGUGGACUUUCAGGAUGUGGGCUGGAGUGAUUGGAUUGUGGCACCGCCGGGCUAUGAUGCAUUCUAUUGUCACGGGAAGUGCCCGUUUCCGCUGGCCGAUCAUCUGAAUUCCACAAAUCAUGCGGUUGUGCAAACCUUAGUCAAUAAUCUCAAUCCAGGGAAGGUACCAAAGGCGUGCUGUGUCCCAACACAGCUGGAGGGCAUCUCGAUGCUCUAUCUCAAUGACCAAAGGACGGUUGUGCUCAAGAACUAUCCCGAUAUGACGGUAGUUGGCUGUGGCUGUCGAUAAAGACAGGGCUAAUAAUCAGAGCGAAAGCGAGAGAGAGAGAGAGAGAGAGAGAGAGAGAGAGAGAGAGCGAAAGAGAGCAAGAGCGAGAGCAUCAAAUGCUGUUUGGUUCCAAGCCGUCAAUGCUUUAAACACAACGCAAACAAAAUGGACUGAAUAUUUGAAUUUUAAGUGUAAAUCGUAGACUUUAAUUGUAUGUAGAGCGAAAUGCACCGCACCAUCCCCUAAAAAACAAACACACCCCCACCAAUCCCCACUCAGCAGCAGCAGCAGCAGCCGCAGCAGCAGCGCCGCCUCUGUCACUUUCCACAGCCAGGCUUUGGAAAUGUUGCACAGAGCCCGUGUGACGAAGAGACGCCGUGAUCAAAAUAAAAAAAAAAAACUGUAUAUAGCCGAAAGAAAUCCUCAAAUCCACACAAUCCACAACGCCCAACCCUGCCCCGCCCACCAACGUAUCGUCGUCUCCUGCCGCCCUAGUAGCAGUCAAACAAACUAAAUGCCAUAGACCGCACUUUGAGAUACUUUUGUAUCUUGCAGCUCGCACUGCUAAAAACAAAAAAUAUUGAACAAAUUGUAUAAAAAAGCUAAUGCUAAGCUAUAUAUAUCGAUAUAUAUAACUAAAGGAAAGCGCACACAGCUGUUCCAACACUUGUAAAAAGAAAACGAAAAACAAAAAAAUGGAAAUGAACUUGAAAUUAUGUAGCUCCUAACUACAAAUACAUAUAUAUGCAUAUAUAUUACACAUUAAAAAAAAAUAUAUAUAUAAAUAUAUACUGCGUAUGUAACUCUCUUGUAUAUGUACUAAAUUUAAAUACUUACCCUACACAUAUACAUGCAUACAUACAUACUACACACAUACAUAUCGACGCAACGGUAUUCAACUUCGUUCCCCCGAAAAAAACUAAAUGUAAACUGUAAAUUAAAAACAAUUCUUAACUAAAAUUUAGAGUUAAGCUACAAAACUAAAAACUAAACUAAAUUAAUUUUAAAAAAUACAAAAAAAAAAGUGAAAAAUCAAAUGAAAAACUAUCGUUUAUUGUUAUGCGUUUUAAGCUAAACUCGAAUAUAAUCAUUGCGUAUGUUAAAUAUAAAAUUAAUCUAGCAUUUAGUCUUAAACGUUAAGAGCAUGUUGACAAAUAAUAAUUAGUGCAAGAAAACAAAACUAUAAACUAUAUAUAUAUACAAAAACAAAAACAGCAAAAAAAAAAAUGAAAAAAAAAAAACAAACAAUUAUAAACUCGAAAAUAUCGAAUUGUAAAACGUGCCUGAAGUUGCAGAGCGCGUCAAUGUAUUUUGUAAUUUUCUUAUACAUUUUAUUAUUUUAUUUAUUUAAAAAAACAAAAAACAUAACAUUUUUUGAUGAAUGUUGAGCAAAUGCUGAAGAAGAUGAUGAUGAUAGUGAUCAUG